GUGGCUAAGCUUUCACCUUGUUCUAUAAAAGGUAAAGUUCCUCAAAACCCCACAACUGAUUUUAAUAUAUUUAGCAAUAUCAACUCGUCAGCUGUCAGUUUGUUAUUUAAAUUCAAUCAACCCUAAUUGAAAAUAUUUGUUCUUAAUCUGAAAAGAAAUAGUCAUAUGGCAGUACCUAUUUAGUUGACAGUAAGCCUCACUGAAUUCAGUGGGAAUCAGUUCUGAGUAGAUGUAGGAUUGCACUGUUAUUAGUGCAUUUAAAAAUAUAUUAUUUGUAUAUGGAUUAUUAUUAUUUUUAUAAAGCAAACAAGUUGAUGUAUACCAUAAGUACAAUUAGUGAUCUGUGAAAUCUUACUUGACAAUUUUAUUUGCAAACAACUUGGUGGGGACUAUUUAUCAGCAGGAGGUGGGGGUUCAUUUUUAGAGGUAACCUUUGGGGAACUGCACACCGGAUGGUGCCAAAGCCAAAUACACACAUGGAGUGGCUGAGUUGGGGUUUCUUCAUUUGCUUUCCCUCCACCUCCUCCUAAUGGCUGGAGUCCUCGCCAUUUCAUUUCACUUCGGAGUGAGCCAAGGAAAAAGAGCAGGGAUGAGGCGGAGGAGGUUGGUGGAGUGAAGUGACCACGUAUGAAUUAUGGGAUGGAACAUUGCGAUUGGUCAGACAGAUUAGACUCUUUGAGUACAGGUAAAGGUUCCCCAUCUUUGAUACUUAGUGCUCAGUGGAUUUUAGGGAGCCCCCUUCCGUGCAAGCUUCCCAUUACAGACCUCUCCCUAUUUGCCAAGCGUCUUCCUACAUUUACUGGGUCGGAAAUUCGCAUACACCAAAGAGAAAAUGCGCAGGGAAGCCCAAUUUCAUAGAACGAUAAAGGGAAAAUGAUAGUAAAGGAGAGUAGGGGAUGGAAACGCAUUGAAACGUCAUUUAAAAGCCUCGUGCGCAACCGCGGGACUGGCGGCUUCCUGCCAAUCACGUGCCGCUGAUGUGACGUCAGGGGGCGGGGAAGAGCAACCCGUCGUUUUUCUUGACCGACGAUGCAGCGGCGGUGGCUCCUCUCUUGCCUCUCAGCCACUUCCUUGGUGGCGGCGCUAGUGCUGCUGUGCGAGGCUCCGCCGGGGGCCCUGUCCUCUGUCAUACCCACAAAAGAUUGUGGAACAAGGCCUAUUGUGGAUGAGAUACAAGCAGGGUCUCGGAUUGUAGGUGGACAUGAUGCUCAACUUGGAGCAUGGCCUUGGCAAGUCAGUCUUCAAGUUUUCCACUUUGGCAUAGGAUAUCAGCAUAUGUGUGGUGGAUCUUUAAUUAACCACAACUCAGUCCUGACAGCAGCACACUGCAUUAAAGAGUGGACGUUCCCCGAGUUUUGGAGGGCUGUGAUGGGACUGCAUCAUCUUUAUAUGUACCAGUCUUAUACUGUGAAGAGCCGAGUCAGGGCUAUCAUUAUGCACUCCGAUUUCCAGAAGAAAACCUUUGAAAAUGAUCUUGCCUUGUUUAAAUUAAUGGACUCUAUCAAAUUCAAUGAUUAUAUUCAGCCCAUCUGCUUACCUGAGGGUCCGCUUCUUAUGACCAAUGAGACUCCAUGUUAUAUAAGUGGUUGGGGGAAAACGCUGCAGAGAGGUGGAAAAAGACGUAUAUUACAAGAAGCCCAAGUAGACAUUAUUCCAAUGCAGGUCUGCAAUAGGGAUGACUGGUAUGGAGGGUCACUCAAAAAAGAAGACAUGCUUUGUGCUGGCUCUGAAAGUGGAGGUAUUGACACUUGUCAGGGAGACAGUGGUGGACCACUUAUGUGCUAUUUCCCAGAUGCCACCAAAUAUUACCUGAUAGGAGUCACGAGCUUUGGCCUUGGCUGUGGCCGACCAACAUUUCCAGGAGUCUAUAUACGUACAGCUCGUUUCAGGAGCUGGAUACAAUCACAAGCUAUUUUAUUUGACAAAACCAUUACACUGACCAUGCCAUGUAUUCUCAUCUUUUUAACUGUGGGAUGGGUAAUCAUCCACAGUGCUCUAUAAAGAAGCAAAUUAUCUUAUU